GAGAAGAAAUGCUCUUUGUUCACAGCACCUCCUCGAUGGACACACAACUCUGUGAUGGACCUCCAGAAAGGGAAUCUUCUUGUCUUACUCUGGAUGCUCUGUGCUGUUGGGGCUCAGGAGACGACAAUGAGACGAAGAGAGAGAGACACAGUCACUUUACAUACUGGUGUUACCGACGUACAGAAGGACUCUCAAAUACUGUGGUCUUUUGGCUCAGGGAUCGAAGAUCUGAUCGCUCAGCUAAUUAACGGAGCGACUCAAACAGACAUUAAUGAGCGAUUCGGAGACAGACUGGAGUUGGACACACAGACUGGAUCUCUGACCAUCAGGAACCUCAACACCAGUGACUCUGGAGUUUACCGUGUUCACAGAGUAAAGGGAAAACUGCCCGUAACAGAGUUCCAGCUCGUCGUCUACAAAUCAGUUUCCAAACCUGAAAUACGGCUCCUGAAUAAAAGACAAGAGGUCACAGACAGAGAGCUGGUGGUGUCCAAACCUCAGACUCGAACUCAACAGCAGGACACAGAGGUCCAGUCCUCUUCCUGCAGGCUACUGUGUUCAGUGGAGAACGACAGAGAUGUGACCCUGUCCUGGACCAGAGGGAAGGAGAUGCUGAACCAGACCAGCAAUCCUCAUCUCAACACCACCCUGUCUCUCCCUCUGGACAUAGAGGAGCAGUGCUUUAACUACAGCUGUGUGUCCUCCAACCCAGUCAGCGAGGAGUCUCUCCAAGUCAACAUGACGAUCUGCUGGGAAGUGUCCUGCCACAGCGAUCGGGUGCCCAGGUCUCCAGUGGCAGUGCGGGUGGUCUCUGCUGUAUUUCUGCUCUGUGUUCUGUGGGUGGUGGUCCUUGUGUGGACGAAGAGGAGGGCGAGGAGCAGGAGGAACGUCACAGGGAACCCCCACCUAGAGGAACCAGUUAAUAGUUUUAGUUCCACUGAUGAACCCACUUCACUGGACAACAUUCAGUACAGAUGUGUUGGACUCUCACCGAAAGCAGCAGCUCAGGAGCGACAUCAGCCCCUUUUCCCCAGAUGGCCGUGGACAACAGAGGACAUGUUUUGGGGUGAAACUGGACCGAGGAUCUGUCUUCUCUUCCUUCUCGGUGGGAUGCUCUGUGCUGUUGGGGCUCAGGAGACGACAAUGAGACGAAGAGAGAGAGACACAGUCACUUUACACACUGGUGUUACCGACGUACAGAAGGACUCUCAAAUACUGUGGUAUUCUGGCUCAGGGAUCGAAGAUCUGAUCGCUCAGCUAAUUAACGGAGCGACUCAAACAGACAUUAAUGAGAGAUUCAGAGACAGACUGGAGUUGGACACACAGACUGGAUCUCUGACCAUCAGGAACCUCAACACCAGUGACUCUGGAGUUUACCGUGUUCACAGAGUAAAGGGAAAACUGCCCGUGACAGAGUUCCAGCUCGUCGUCUACAAAGCAGCACCCAAACCUGAGAUACGACACGUAAGGAGGAGACGAGAGGCCACAGACAGAGAGCUGGUGUCCAAACCUCGGACUCGAACUCGACAGCAGGACACAGAGGUCCAGUCCUCUUCCUGCAGGCUACUGUGUUCAGUGGAGAACGACAGAGAUGUGACCCUGUCCUGGACCAGAGGGAAGGAGAUGCUGAACCAGACCAGCAGUCCUCAUCUCAACACCACCCUGUCUCUCCAUCUGGACAUAGAGGAGCAGGACAAUGACACUUACAGCUGUGUGUCCUCCAACCCAGUCAGCGAGGAGUCUCUCCAGGUCAACGUGACGAUCUGCUGGGAAGUUUUCCGACCUUCAGAGACUCAGAGAAGCUACACACUGAUCGCGGUGCUGGUGCCUGUAGCUGUGGUCCUGGUCAUUGCAGUCAUUUACUUCAUGUGCGAGAAACAGAAUCACAGCAAAUCCAACGGUGAAGUUUACGACGAAGUGGGAGACACAUCAACACGACACGGUGCUGUGUGCCCCGUGGAUACAGGGAGUAACGAGGUGACCUACGCUGACAUUGAUACUGAGAGAAAAGAUCCACAGCCCUUGCGACAUCAGCCCCUUUUCCCCAGAUGGCCGUGGACAACAGAGGACAUGUUUUGGGGUGAAACUGGACCGAGGAUCUGUCUUCUCUUCCUUCUCGGUGGGAUGCUCUGUGCUGUUGGGGCUCAGGAGACGACAAUGAGACGAAGAGAGAGAGACACAGUCACUUUACACACUGGUGUUACCGACGUACAGAAGGACUCUGUAAUACUGUGGUAUUUUCGCUCUGGGGUUGAUGAUCUAAUCGCUCAGUUUAUUAAAGGAGAGACUGAAACAGACUUUGAUGAGCGAUUCAGAGACAGACUGGAGUUGGACACACAGACUGGAUCUCUGACCAUCAGGAACCUCAACACCAGUGACUCUGGAGUUUACCGUGUUCACAGAGUAAAGGGAAAACCGCCCGUGACAGAGUUCCAGCUCGUCGUCUACAAAGCAGCACCCAAACCUGAGAUACGACACGUAAGGAGGAGACGAGAGGCCACAGACAGAGAGCUGGUGUCCAAACCUCGGACUCGAACUCGACAGCAGGACACAGAGGUCCAGUCCUCUUCCUGCAGGCUACUGUGUUCAGUGGAGAACGACAGAGAUGUGACCCUGUCCUGGACCAGAGGGAAGGAGAUGCUGAACCAGACCAGCAGUCCUCAUCUCAACACCACCCUGUCUCUCCAUCUGGACAUAGAGGAGCAGGACAAUGACACUUACAGCUGUGUGUCCUCCAACCCAGUCAGCGAGGAGUCUCUCCAGGUCAACGUGACGAUCUGCUGGGAAGGUUUCCGACCUUCAGAGACUCAGAGAAGCUACACACCGAUCGCGGUGCUGGUGCCUGUAGCUGUGGUCCUGGUCACUGCAGUCAUUUACUUCAUGUGCAAGAAACAGAAUCACAGCAAAAUAAAAGAUGAAGGUGCUGUGGACACAGACAGUAGUGAGGUGACCUACACUGCCAUCAACAGCAAAAGAAAUGACACACAACCCUUGGUAGGAUGGGUAAAUACAGCAUCUUACGCUGUGUUCUCACACACACACAGAGAUGUGAGGUCAAGUGAAUACAUGGGGCAUUACGGAUUAUACAUACUGUAGCACCCCCCCGUGGACUUACUGGAGAGGUUCAGGAGACAGGAUUCCAGGAAAAUGCUCUUUAUGGAAUACAUUUUUUUUUCCCAUACUUCAUUCAAUACCACAAGAACAAAAUUAAAUUCCGACAUCCCACAUCACUAAAAAAACAUCUUCACAUAUCUCUCUUCUCAAUAGGAGUCUUCACAGAGACAGUAUAAGGCAGCAUGCUACACAUUAAGGACUUCCCCCAGUUCCCCCAGGAACUGAGCCCCCAGCUCCACACAAUGGUUAGGGCGACACCCCUUGAACCCCCCCAGAAUUCCCCUGUGGCAAACUAAGCAUCAUCAACCUAACAGCCAAUCAGAGAGGAACACAGGACCAACUAUUUACAUUA